AGCGAGUAGGAACAUAGAACCUCGACUAGAAAACGACGGUGAAGGAAACAGAAACAGGUAGGAGAAUCUUGUUGCCAAAAAUAAGAAGCGAAUCGGUAUCCCGAACGGGGCAGCGCUAACAGGAGUCGCAUCCAUGACGAACGCAUCGGUAUCCGGCGGAAACACCGACAGGAUCAACGCGGCUAGCAUGUGGCAAUCGUUCCGGGAAAGCCUUUUUCAAACCAGCGACGCACAGCAAAGAAGCAACGAGAACGAAAAAUCAAACGGAAAAUCAAAACGAGUUGCGAAACAAGCAACACAAACACAAAGGCCCUCUCCCUCCUCGGACGGUUCCACGCUGCUGCACCUACAGCACUUUCUCCCUCCCAGCACCCUCGAGGAACUGGAAGCACAGGAACAAUCCCUGCCGGAUCGCUGGCUUGAUUUUUUUUGCAUUGUCGGAAUCGAUCCCGAUGGACCCCUCGUCGACGAAAAACCUCCCGUCCAGGGCAGAACGAAAGGAAGCGACCACCGCGGGAGCAACAGACCCGUCUUGCUGGAUCGGUAUCCGAGGGACGAGUAUGCCGACACGGAAUUUCCCGAGCACCUCCCCACGUUUUGCUUCCCGGACGGUGGAUGCCAUCCUCUGCGACACAAGAUCCGCCGCGACCACGGGUCCGCAACGGAAUCCCGAGCCGUCGACAACAAUACGGCCGAAUCACCACCGGGACUGCUCCUUGAUUGUGUCGGGCAGGGAGCGGCUUCUGCUUCCGACUCACACACAACGGACACCACCGCCAAACACAAACACCCGAUCGUGCGCUACCACCACAACGUUCCGGAACCCUCUCUGUGCAGCAUGGUGCUAACGACCGGGGCCGGGAAUCGGUUGUAUUGUACCUCGCUGACCGUGUACGAAGUGAGAAAGGACAUCCCAAACCAGCCCGACAAACCGCAACGUGUUCCGAGCAACAAGAAAGACAACGAGCCCAAAGCCACGACUCCCGAAAUCGACCUGGACAAAAACUGGUGGGAAGAACCCUCGAUCGAUUCCAUGUCGAAGCACAUCGAAGAACAGAGAAAACGGCAAGGCGGAAGCAGCAGUAGCAGCGGCAGCAACAUUGCUAACGAAACCGAGACCAAUCAUACCGACGAAUACUAUUGGGUAGUCCCCAAGUGCCUGGUGAUGAUUUCCCACCACCCGUUCUUUCGGGCCCAGUCCCUGAUCCUCCGCGAAUUGUUCUACACGGUCCAGUCGGGGUCCUCACCGGUCCCCUUCGAGCGCUACGUUGCACACCUGGUAGACGACAUACCCAUGCCCCGCAGCGGUGUCGGCAGGUUUCCCAGAAGCAAGAACACCGUAGUGGAAUGGAGGUCCUGGCUCUACCCGGCCAACNGAACAGAGAACCUCCAUGUAGAAUUCCUACCAGGUCUACAUGAGGUUCCAAUCGGAACUUCAGAAUUCUCGUGAACGCGCUUGGUCAUUCUAAUCUUAUAAUUUUAAUUUUCAUACACACUUAACAUACUAAAAGUACACGUAAUCUCGUGCAAGAAAUCUGACCAAGAAAGGCCUUACCGAAGAGCUAACCAGAAGGGAUGGUGCAUGGAGAAAACUAAAGAAGAAAGUCUUUUUUCUUAUAAACGUAUAUGCUUAAA